UCUCCCCCGGAAGAGCCAUGGCGGAGGCAAUCCUCUGGGAGUUUGCUAGACUUCUGGAUGAUUUCGCGAAGGAUGGGAAAUUAAGGGUUUUUGGCGGCGAAUUUGACAAGCUCAAGAAAACCGUUUCCUUUCUCCAAAAUAUAGCGCACGAUGCAGAAAGGCGGAGCCUCGAAGACUUUCAAAUCGCACGAUGGCUGCGCGAUCUCAAAGCUGCUUUCUAUGAUGCAGAGGACUUACUCGAAGGAUGGACCAUGGAAGUUAUGCGACCAGAAUCGCCGAGCAAAGAUGAGAAAUCGAAGAAGCAGGUAAGUACCUCCAUUUCGCCUUCAAACCCACGUGCUUUAAGGCUGGAGAUGAGAGGCCGUGCGAGGGAUAUUAGGGAGAGAAUAGAAGCCAUCGCUGCUAAAGGGAGGGGUUUUAAUUUGCGAGAGAGCGCGGAGGAUGUGCGAGUAGGGAGAGGAGCGUGGAACAGAGAGCGGUCGGAGUCCUUUGUGUACGAUGAGGAGGAGAUUAUAGGGAGAGAUGAUGCUAAAAGCGCAAUUAUGAAGUUCUUGUUAGAUUCUGACACCGAAGAAAAAUUUCCCGUCCUUUCAAUAUGGGGUGAGAGUGGGAUUGGAAAGACUGCUCUUGCUCGAUGUCUAUACGAAGAUGACACGGUCAAGAAGCAUUUUGAUUUAAGGAUAUGGGUCUGCGUGGGUCGCGACUUACUUAAUCUCGAAGGGGAAUUGCGAACUAUCAGAGAAAGAGAGACUACACAGGGAGCAGAUGACAUGGAGCAAUUGCAAAAAUAUCUCCUAGUUAUUGACGAUCUGUGGUCUGUGGAUCCUGAACGGUGGAGGAGCUUGAAAAGUUUAUUGAUGGGAGGGGCCCAAGGAAACAAGAUUCUGAUAACAACACGCGAUCAGUCAGUUGCGGACCUUACGGGCACAACCCCAUCUUAUUGUCUGGAGGCCCUUCCAGAAAACUCGUCUUUAGAUUUAUUGAUGAGAAUGGCAUGUGAGGAAGAAGAAGAGACUAGAGAUUCAAUUAAGCUAACUGUCGGUAGGUGGAUAGUAAAAAAAUGUGGUGGAAUCCCUCUGGCUAUACGAAUAAUCGGAAGUCUAUUAUUCUUCAAGAAAACUGCACUUGAGUGGUUACGUUUUGAGUACGAGAUGUCAAAAUUUUCUGCAGAUUUUCGUGACUUAGGUUCAAUAGUUGAGCUUAGUUAUAUUUAUCUCCCAUCCCAUCUAAGACAGUGCUUUGCCUUCUGUUCAUUGUUUCCCAAAGAUUCGGAGAUUGAUAAACUAAUGUUGACGAGUCUCUGGAUGGCAGAAGGAUUUAUCCGGCCCAUAGGCAACAGAGAUCACGAUAUGGAAGAUAUUGCUCAUGACUAUUUCAUGGAUCUACUCAGGAGGAAUUUGUUUCAAGACUGCACUAAAGACGAAUUUGGAAAGGUGACGUCUUGUAAGAUGCAUGAUUUAAUGAAUGACCUAGCACGCCGUGUUGCUGGAACUGAGUAUAAAAGAAUCGAUGUCUCACUGCCGUUAAUUGAAGCAAGAACUCGUCAUAUAGCGCUUGAUUCAUCUUUACAUUUAUCACGGGGAUAUCCAAAUGUACUCGGAGCAAAUCGUGUGAGGACAUUCAUCAGAAAUAGUAAAAUAAGAAGGUUGAGGUGUAGAAUUCAAAUGCAUGAACAAACUCUUCACAACUUCAUUUCUUGUUUCAAGCUCUUACGUGCCUUGGAUUGGCAUGACAGUGCUAUUGAGAAGUUGCCAAGUUCCAUUUGUGAGUUGAAGCACCUGACAUUUCUAGAUCUCUCUGAAAAUGAAGGAAUCGUAAGGCUUCCUGAUUCUAUGACAAGAAUGCAAACCUUGCAGGUACUUAAACUCAAUAUGUGUUACAAGCUAAUAGAAUUGCCAAGCGAUAUAAGAAAAUUGGUCAACCUCAGGCAACUGGAGAUUAGCAAUUGUAAGGCCCUAUCUCAUAUGCCACAUGGGUUGGGCCAGUUGACUCUUUUGCGCACUCUAACAGAUUUCCUUUUGCCCGGAGAUGAUUCUUGUUCAAAGAAAUACAGUGGGCUAGGGGAGUUGAGCAGGUUAAGCAAUUUGAGAGGGAGCCUCAGAAUUGAAGUUAAGGGACAAUUAAAGGAUGCGGUAGCAAAUUCAAAUUCUGCGAACUUGAAGGAGAAGGAUUACUUAGUUUCACUAGUAUUAGUCUUUCCCGGAAAAGAGAGCGAUGACAUUCUACUCCAAGAGCUGCAGCCGAGCUUAAAUCUACAAAGCUUAGAAAUAAGAGGCUAUGGGGGCACAAGGUUUCCAAGCUGGAUGUCUUGCUUGCCCAAGUUAGUUCAGCUACGGUUGUUUGAUUGUGCAGGAUGCAAAAUUCUCCCAUCACUGGGUGAGCUCACUAGCCUCAAGCAUUUGGAAAUUGGUAAGCUACCUAUGGUGGAGUACACAGAAAGUGAUCUUAAUACCCUCUCAUCACUUCCUAAUCUGUCUACAUUAAAGAUAUGGGAGUGUCCUAAUUUGGAAUGGAUUCCACCACUUCGACAUCUCAAGGAGUUGAAACUUCCUAGGUUUCCUUUGGAGCCAUUGCAGACUUUAGUUGCCACUACUGAACAUGUAAUAUGUAUUGAUGAUCGAGUGAAGGAUGUAAUCAAGUUAUUGGAAAUAGAGGAUGAUGAGGUUGGACCACGCAUUGUUGGAAUUCAUGGAACUAAUGGAAGCGGCAAGACAACUAUUGUGAAGGCUGUAUACAACCGACUCUCCUCUUGUUUCGAUCAUUGUAGCUUUCUCGCAGAGAUUGGAGAAACAACACGAAAUGUUGGUGGUAUUCAGUUUGUGCAAACUAAGUUGAUAUGUGAUGUUCUUGAACAAGAUGGAGAUGUUGCUUCGUUUGAAGGAGGAAUCAAGUUUUUCCGAGAUGUAUUUCGCACUGUGAAAGUUCUUAUUGUCCUAGAUGAUGUGGAAGAACAGUCUCAUCUUGAUGAUCUUGUAGGCGACCAGCUUGACUGGUUUGGUCCUGGAAGUCGAAUAAUUGUUACUUUAGAAAAUGUUGGAAUUCUCCAAACAUAUGUUUCUCGAGGCUUGGCUCGUAUGUAUGAAGUGAAUGAGAUGGAUAAUUAUCGAGCUCUUGAACUUUUUCGCAAGCAUGCUAUAGGAACACACUGUUCAAUUCCUGGCUAUAUUGAAAUUGGGAAGCGUAUUGUCAAAGCUACGGGGCAGGUUCCACUUGUUAUUGAGGUUAUCGGUUCCUUUCUACAUGGAAAAACAAUAGAAGAUUGGAGGAAGAUAGAGGACUUGAUAAAACCGCAGAAGGAGAACUCGCAAGAGAUUUUGAAGGAUUGUAGGGAGAUUUUGAAAAUCUGUUAUGAUGCAUUAGAUGAAAAGCAGAAACAAAUAUUUUGGGACAUAGCAUGGUUUGCCAAUGGCGUGGACAGCCGAAUUGCAUCAUAUAUGUGGCCCGAUCGAGAUCUUUUGCCUUCUCACCAUGUUUUGAUGCCCCUAGCAAAAAUUGGAGGAGACAACAUGCUGUGGAUGCAUAAACUGUUGAAGCACCUCAGCAGAACUAUGGAUCAAGAACCUAAAUAUCCUGGAAGGCGCAGUAGACAAUACAUGCAUGUUACAGACCUGGAAGUAAUCAACAGGAAAGAGGGAAUGGAAGAGGUGGAAGCCCUUUGCUUUGACUUCAAAAAUCUUCAUCUCCAUUCAUUUACAGAAACCGAUUUCAAGAGCAUGCCAAGCAUAAGGUUCUUGAAAUUGGAUCAUGCAAAAAUGACUGGAAAUAUUGCAAAUGUAUUUCCAAAGUUAAGGUGGCUUCGUUGGCAAGGGUGCCCAAGGGAUUUCGAAGCAGCAGAAUUUAGUCUGACUGAACUGGUCAUUCUUGAUCUUUCAUGGAGCAAAGUCACCGAAGACUGGGGAGGUUGGAGGAAAAUCAAGAUGGAGCAAUUGAAAGUCUUAAAUCUCACCGGUUGUACUGACUUACUGAUAAGUCCGACAUUUUCUAGCUUCCCGAACUUGGAGAUACUGAUUCUAGAGCGAUGCUCUCGGUUGGUCCAUUUAGAUCCUUCAGUCGGUGGUCUCAAAAAAUUGCUUUGCCUGAAUUUGAAGUCCUGCACUGAACUCAACAGGUUGCCUGCCGAACUGGGUGCCUUGAAAGCUUUGAAAGAGCUCCUCAUUGAUGAGACUUCUUUGCGUGGUAUUCCCUUGGGAGGUGAUUCAAAGAAACUUGAAACUCUUUCUGCCUCCAAUUGCUUGUCAUUGAGUUUCCUGCCCCAUUCAAUUGAACACCUGACAUCCCUUUCAACACUCUCAGUAGAUAAUUCAAAGAUUACGAAACUCCCUGAUGGAGUUGGAGAGCUGGUGAAACUCCGACGCUUGUCAUUGAGGAAUUGUCGUUGGAUACAAGAACUUCCAGAGUCCAUUGGCCAAUUGGGAAGCUCUUUAGAGGAGCUGGAUAUUUCGGGAACAGGCGUUUCAGAAUUGCCAGAUUCCUUUGGAAAUUUGCAGAGGUUGAGAGUGUUAAAGAUGGACUAUUGCUUCAUAAGCGAAUUUCCUAGUUUUAUUUGGCGUCUACGUAGCCUUGAAGAAAUACAUGCCUCCUCAUGUAGGAAUUUAGAAGGGGAGAUUCCUGGAGACAUUAGGGAGCUUAUUAAUCUGAGAAUCUUGACGCUGCGAUAUUCUGCUAUUUCCAGCCUACCUCCUGAAAUCCAGCAUCUUUCCAAGCUGGAGACUCUUGAUAUACUUCACUGCGACAUGCUUCCUAAGUAGCCAGCACUUCCCUCUUGUUUGGUUAAUGUGCAUUUGAAUCCAAACUUGAAGGAAAAGGUGUCUGAAUCUUUAGAAUCUGUCUUUGUUUCGAAGAGUUGGUGCUGGGUGUUUGAGAUCACGUCCGGUACGCAUUUGGUGGAGCAUUGUUUCGUCAUUGUGUAACUUGGAUAACAAGGCCAUUGAAACCGGUCAUUGUUCUACUUAGCCUUGGUAAUGCUCAAUAAGUUAUGCAGAUAAUUGUUAUUGUUUCUGCUGA